AUGGAAGAUGGCAAACCGCGGAAACCCACCCCCAAUGGUCACGGCCUUCGAAAUCCACGUGACCUGAAGAAGACGCACGCCGACUCGUGGCCAAGCACGACCAAACGCGCCUCGCUGCCAGCCAGUCCGAAAAUCAUCAAAACUACCGAAGAUGACUCGAGCGUUGGGGACGUGUUCGAGUACUGCCCAACGCAGACAUCUGUCACCACGCCGUCUACGGUGGAGAUUGACUACGGAGCCAUCAGUCCGAGAUUCGAACGCAAACGGUUCGAGUUCUGCUAUCCUUCCGUCUCGAAGGAAGACUUCUCCAACAGCAUAUCCAUCGACACGCACGACAUCGACCGCAAGAAGAAGCGCAUGUAUCCGAGCAAAACUCCGGACAACUCGUUGGAAAACGAGUCCAUACUCGAUGGAUCGAUGGGGAGCAGCAGCUCUCCGAGACACAGUUCCACCACCGCCAGAGUCAAGUCUCCGUCGCAUUCUCCCCGGCACUCCCGCCGGCAACUCAACAGUGAAACCAUCAACAUAACUUCUAAUCCGGGAUAUCAGGUUCUCCGAAACUCCCACUCGACUCUGGAUCGCACCUGCUCGGACAGUGUCGUGUCGCUGGCAUGCCGCAAAUCGACCAGCGACCUUACCAGCGAACCGGCCAUGAUGGGUGGGUGCUCCAUGGGAGGACGUCAGGGACGUCGCCGGAGCAGUCACAAGGGCGGACUGGCGUUGCUAGCGAGCCGGAAGGGUUCGCGCGACUCGAUCAAAAGUGCCGCCUCGAACACGUCUGUCUUUUCCAACGAAGACAUUGGCCCGCUGGCCUUUCAAGCGUCGGCUCGGGGUCGCCAGAGGAGGACCUCCAACUUUCUCGAGCUUCCCGUGCCUGACCACGCGAGACCACGUGUCUGCUCGCUUCCGGAGCGCCCGUACAAUCCACGCCAGAGCGACGAUCUCUACCGAUUGCGGCACUUUUCUAUCAGCAAAGGAACUGUGGUCAACUGCGGCGAUUCAAUCAUCUCGCGGAGGUCCAAGAGUAACACGAGUGUCAACUCGACGGCUAGUCGGGCUAGCGAAAGGUCACCCUUCGAAGGAUCGUGCUGCGGCGGAGGUUACGCCACCGUGGACUCAUUGCCUUCCUCGCACGGCGACGACGACGACGAAAGCGAACCGAUUGCCACGAGGUACCGCGUGGUGAUGUUGGGCGACUCUGGCGUCGGUAAAACGGCCCUGGUUUCGCAAUUUAUGACCUCCGAGUAUAUGCACACGUACGAUGCAAGUCUCGAUCGGAAAGAUGAUGAGUUUGGCGAGAAGACCGUUAGCGUGCUGCUGGACGGCGAAGAGUCGGAGAUGAUAUUCAUCGACCAUCCGAACGUGGAGAUGAGUGUGGAAAACUCUCUGUCUACAUACGAACCGCACGCUUGCGUGGUCGUCUACUCCAUCGUCGACCGAAACUCGUUCCGGGUUGCGGAGGAGAUCCUCAACUAUCUCUGGUCCGAACACUACACCAAGGAAAAGGCGGUCAUCAUCGCGGCCAACAAAUCCGACCUGGCUAGAGCUCGAGUCAUAACGACGGCAGAAGGAAAGCAACUUGCGACGUCACGGGAGGCAAAAUUCAUCGAAACGUCGAGCGGAAUUCAACACAAUGUCGACGAACUUUUGGUUGGCGUACUCAAACAGAUUCGCCUCAAAGAGCAAAGAGAGAAGCGUGCCAGCGCCACCAAUUUGCGAAACUCGCGCACCCAAAUGUCGCUGCAUAUCGCCAAGGAAAUCCUCCACAAGAUCUGUCUCACAGACAUCACCAAAUCGAAAAGCUGUGAAAAUUUGCACGUGCUGUAAAUAAGCAGCGCAAAAUCCAACAAUUGGAGAAACGCUCAGUGCAAGCAGUGGUUAGCGGUUAUGUUUUGUGUACGAGCGAUUUUUAUUAACCAAAAUGUUGUCAGAAAAAAAGAGAAUUUAUCAACACUCACCCACCAUCACCUCAAUACACUCUCUAAC